GAGGCCCGGUUCGGUUCCGGUUCUUUCACUGAAGACAUCUCUUCAUCUUGAGGACAGUGUCCGUCAGGGGGCCCUGCGGACCGGUCCGGGUCAGAACCCCGGUCCGAUCCUUACAGAGACGGAAGGCCCGAACUAAGCGGUCCACCUUAAAUGUGCGCGUGUGGGCGUCACGUGACCGUGUUCCUGGAAAGUUCCUGGAAACCUGCGGUGUUGUUGUUUAUGGAGCUCCGACUGCCGCGCCGCUCCACUCGGAACCAGGACCACGGACACUGGGUUCGGCCAGCUGGGAGCUGCGUGACGGACUACCGGUUCUGAUCCACCUACAGCCCCUCGUGGGUCGGCUGCAGCUGCCAUUAGUGGUUCUAGAGCCGGAGCAGGUUCGGAAGCGUCUGGACCCAGUCUGCAGGUGUGGACCCGGUUCCGCUGGCAUGACGGCGGGUUGGCGGCGGAGGACCCGGAGCUGUUAGCGGGCGGCUUGAUCGGAACCUCUCCGGCAGCCGCUCACAUCCCACCAACCUGUCCAGGUUUUUUGGUGGUUUUCCGAGCUGCAGGCUGAAGGUUGGAUCUGCCCGAUGACCUGCCAGUCCUCUGAAUCCCAGGAAGCCAUUGAGGACGCCAGAGGAGCCGACGACGGCGCCGGGACCGAGGAGUCGGACGAGAGCCGCGUCGCCUCGGCCAUGAAGGAGCUCAGGAAGACAGGUUGGUACUGGGGCGGCCUGACGGCCAACGAGGCCAAAGAGAUCCUGCAGGACUCGUUGGAGGGCAGCUUCCUGCUGCGGGACAGCUCCCAGAGGGACUUCCUGUUCACCAUCUCCGCCAUGACGUCCGCCGGCCCUACCAACCUGCGCAUCGAGUUCCGGCACGGGAAGUUCAAACUGGACUCGGUGGUUCUGGUGAAGCCCAAGCUGAAGCAGUUUGACAGCGUGGUCCACCUGGUGGAGCACUACGUCCAGCUGUCCCGGACCGGCGGCCGGGCCACGCCGGCGCCACCGGGCCCCAACGGCACCGUGCAACUGCUCCUCACCAGGCCCGUGUACGCCGCCGUCCCGUCUCUACAGCACCUGUGUCGGAUCGGCAUCAACCGGUCGGCCCGGCGGGUCCAGGACCUGCCCAUCCCCAACCGGCUGAAGGACUACCUGACAGACUACGCCUACAACGUCUAGAGGUCGUCCAGAGGUCGUCCCAUCUGAGUCCAAUGGCGUCCGGAUCUGCCGUGUGUCUCGGCACGGAGCCGGGAACUGGUCCGGCUUCCUCUCCCAUCUCCAUGGUAACGGGAAGCAGAAUUCCUCUGAUUGUUCUGGAGAUUCCUGAACAGGUUUCCAGAUUCCUGACGUCAGGAAGACUGACGGAAGGAUCGGUUGUUUCAACUGAAACCCAAAGAGAAACGGGUCGGAGACGGGUCAGAGCAGCAGAACCGCCUGCUCAGGUUGUUGAGAAUAUUUAUUGCUGUUCCUCUGAUGUUCUGGAGAAUCGUUCCUGAUCGGUACCAGGCCCGGUUCUGGUGGAGCCCAGUAGUAUCGUCUCUGGCUCCUACAGAACCACGGCUCAGCAAACCGGGUCUCAGCAGAACCAAACAGCUGCUUUGGUUCUGCUCACAACUUGAUUUCUUGUAAAAAUGUUUCUGGAAGCUGAUUGGCUGCAGCUCUGAUCACAUGGAAAUUGUUCCUGUUUUCCAGAAUUCCUUCAGUACAGCUCAGGAUCACACCAGAACCAGAACCAGAUUGAAAAAUAUUUUCAGACUUAUUUUUGGUUAUUUUUUAUGUGUGUGUUACCAUGGCAACCAGUUCAUCUAAUUUUGAAUUUCCUUGUUUUUUUUCCCAUCAAAUUUCCAUUUGUAGACAUUAAAAUUCGUGAGAAUAUUUUUUAUAUUUCCUUCAUCUUUUCUGAUUGAAACUCAGGGGAUUUCUGAGACGGAGACGGUUCUGUUUGGUUCUGUUUGGUUCAGUUUGGUUCUGUUUGGUCCGGUUCUGGUAAAAACUGAAGCAGAACAUUAAAGUGAGGGAAGCAGGAAGUGUGUGGGUAUUUUUCCUGAAGCUGGUCCUGCCAGAUCCCUGGAAGCGGGUUUGUGGGAGGCAGAACUCGGUGAACUCCGUCCAGAACCGAGCGGCCCGGUAAACAGCAGGAACGGAGCGCUCUGAUUGGCCGGCGGCCGGCCGGGACUCUGUUUGGCUCUCAUUGACGUAAACAAUCGUGUCGAUGGUGACGAGCGUCGGAGAGGUUGCUUUGACCCCUUCAGGCUUCGGUAGACUUUGAACCUGUAGUACUGCGGAGCUGUGAGCCAAUCAGAUUACAGGAAAACAUCAACCAUUGAGCUGUUGUCUGUUCCUACUUGACCUCUGACCUGCUGGUGGAUUUGGCCUCUAAAGAAACUGUUUAAUUUGAGUUUCAUCUGAAAAUGGAGCUUCAGCUCCUAAUGAAGGCAGCAGAGAAAAAUGUUUGGAAAGACAAUCGAUCAAAACCUGAAUCCGGUAAAUUAUUGAGCUUCCAGAAAGUUAUUAGAAAUCAGUGAUAAAUGAAAAGUUUGAUAAACAUCAUAAAAUGUUUGAGAUCUAAACAGUUCAGGUUUUUUCCAUCAGAAGUUUCAACUAAAGCAGGAAGAUGAAGUUGGAGUGACUUCCUGUCUGUGUGUGUUUUUAUUGGUUUGUUAAUUUUUAAAGUGUGCAGAUUUAAACAUUCUAAAUGAUUGACUGAAUGGAGAUGAGUUGUUUCAGAGUUCCUGAUAAAAUGAUCUGUGUUUUUAAAAAUUCAGCGAUUUGCUCAAGUCAUGCCUGGAGAAGAGAAGGGGCUGGGAUCCAGCCCUGAGGAACGCCGCGGAUGUUCCUGCCGGGAAUUAAACCAUAAAACAUCCUGGAGCUUAUUUGAGAUCCGAGCCGGUCCAAAGGUUCAGUUUGGUUGGGAUCAGGAUGGUUGUCAUGGUGACGCAGCUAAAUCGACUCUGUUCAGGAAUAUUUCUUAAAUAUUAUCUUUGUCCCACAAUCGAAUGAUUAAACAGAUGAAAUUUUAAAAGCCCAGCAGCCUUUGAUAAAGGACCAACAGUCAUUCAGACAAAUGUUAAUUUAUCCAGUAAAAAAAACUGAAAGUGGUUGUUUACAAUAAAGUUUAGUUAAACCAAAGAGCAGAGGGAUGUUUUGAUCUUGAAUAUUAAUGUAAAUGAAGUUUGUUUUUUAAUAAAGAGCAUGCUGGUCUUUCCUGA